GUAUUGUGUAUUUGUGUGCAGUUUGAGUGUGACUAGUGAGUAGUAACUAGUGAGUGCUGAGCCGUUCAUCUGAAACGUUCCGAUGAGUAAGUGUUGUACUCAAAUCUCAAUUCAGAACUGAGUGAUUUUAAUCACAACCUUUUUUUGUGCAAAAUUUGUAAAAUUCACUUUACAUAGAUGAUGGUUGUACAAGCUUGAAAGUUAUUGGACGCGAUAUAACGUGGAUAAGAGGUGUUUAACCAUGGGAGCCGAAUCUCAAUACAGUGACACUCUCAGAUCGUCCAAAAAAUGCAGCAAGUUGAGGCCGUUGAAGAUAACCGCAGUCGGCGACGGAAUGGUCGGAAAAACUUGCAUGCUCAUCACUUAUACGACCAAGCAGUUUCCUAUGGAAUACGUGCCCACCGUAUUCGACAAUUAUGCAGAGAACAUAAUUAUGGAUGGCCAAGAGUACAACAUGUGUCUGUGGGACACUGCCGGCCAAGAAGAUUACGAAAGACUUCGGCCAUUGUCUUAUCCUAAUACGGAUUGUUUUCUACUUUGCUAUUCAGUCGGUAGUCGAAGUUCAUUCGAAAACAUUGCCAGUAAAUGGCAUCCGGAAAUUCAACACCACUGUCCGAAAAUACCUGUGAUAUUGAUCGGUACGAAAACGGACUUGAGGCUGAGCCAAAACGACUGCGUGACUCGGAAAAAGGGCAAAAAAAUGAUGAAAAAGAUCGGGGCGGUCAAGUACUUGGAGUGCUCGGCCCUGACCAACGAAGGGUUGGACACCAUAUUCACGGAAUCCGUCCGCGCGGCCAUCAAAAGGCCGAGACAGAACUGUUUUGCGUUCCCGUUCACCCAGUGCUGUAAAUAAGGACGCGCUCGCCGGAUCCAUCGUCGUCGCAGUCGUCAACUAUAUCCGUGAGAUCUCGUACAAGUGUUGUGUUCCGUCGUUAUGAGCAUUAUACACACAUGAUAUUAUUAUAAUGUAACUGUAUGAUGGAAUACGGCGUUUCGUUUAUUGAAACUCACUUUUGGAAACGCAAAAUAUGUGCCAUAUAUAUUGUAUAUAGAUCGCGAAUCGUCCGUACAUAAUAUUUUAUAAUAUAAAAUUAAUAUAUAUCAACGUAACGCUGUUCAAACGUACAUUAUACCUAUCUACCUAUACACCUAUCUUACCAUACAUCAUCAUAUUAUUAUGACCUCGCCGCGAUAACGAACCAACGAGAUUUUAUGUACAAUAAUUUAAUAUAAUAUGUUGCCUUAUGCGUGUUGUCGGCUUAUUAUAUUAUAUGAACUAGAAUAAGUUAUUAUAAAUAUUGUUUUUUUUUUUUUUUUUUGAUAAAAAUGUAAAAAUGUAUUAUUAUUAAUUUUUUAUUAUUAUUAUUAUUAUUAUUUGUUUGUUUUGUCAUGUGCAUAAUAUAGUAUAUAUUGCAGUAUAA